UAAGCGCUCACUUCCGAUCACUGCGUAGAGACGGUUGCUGUCGGAGCGCUUUGAGCCCAGCUUGGAACCAUGCCUCGCAAGAUUGAGGAGAUCAAAGAUUUUCUGCUGACAGCCAGGAGGAAGGAUGCAAAGUCGGUCAAGAUCAAGAAGAACAAGGACAAUGUGAAGUUCAAGGUGCGCUGCAGCCGGUACCUGUACACGCUGGUGAUCACAGACAAGGAGAAGGCAGAGAAGCUGAAGCAGUCCCUGCCCCCAGGUCUGGCUGUGAAGGAGCUGAAAUGAGUCUGUUUCAACAGUUUUAUUACAAUAAAUAAAA